AUGUGAACAUUUACUUCCGGCAUCACAGUGACGCGGUGUCCCACUCCGAGGCCCGUGAUUGGUCCGCGCUGAGGAGAGCCAAUCAGACGUCAGUACUGGAGGACGAGCGACCCAGACUGAGUAAGCAUGAGGAUUGACAGGUGUAUAAGGCGCAGGUGUGCGGAUGUGUUGGAGGUCGCGUGUGUUUGUUUAACGCGUAUCCUGCUCGCUGUCCUGAACGCGGAUGCGGUCGCGCGCGUUAAACUCCGUUAAAAUUAUUAUUUAAUUCAGUGUCCAGCGAUGCGCGAGACGGAGAGCGGGGCGGGGCACGGAGCAUCCACCGGAAGUGAAGUGUGUGAGGAAGCAGGAAGUGUGUAUGUGGGACAGAGUGACGACGACGCAGUGAUGGAUGAAAGAGCGUUCAUCACUGAUUCCUGUCCUCCGUGUGUGUACGAGGGAACAGAGGGGUGGGUCCUCCAGCACCAGUCUAGUUUUAACGACAGCGAGUCAGAGGACGUUCUUCACACCGUGAACCCAAACGAGGUCUUCAACGAGAGCGACAGUGCUGCUUCUGACAUUCCUGACUCCACCCACUGCCCGACUCUGGCCACGCCCACUGUGUAUCAGGUCGUGUAUGACAUCAGUGGAGUAGGCGGAGACCAACAGAAGCAGCAGAAAGUGGACGUUAUUUCCAUCGAGCUUGAUGAGUGGAGUUCUCCGGUGCUCGUGUCUGACUCGUGUGUGGUGAGCGAGCUGCCGCUGGUUUCUGCCAUUAAAGUGGAACACGCCCAUCCCGAGCUCAACCACGCCCACUCUGAGCCUGACCACGCCCUGUUUGAUCUUAGCCACGCCCCCCACUCCUUCACUGAUGGCCUGCUGUACCCGGAGCUGAAGCUCACUGAGGAGGAACAGAAGCUCCUCAGUCAGGAGGGCGUGUCCCUGCCCAACAACCUGCCGCUCACCAAGGCGGAGGAGAGAAUACUGAAAAAAGUGCGGCGUAAAAUCCGUAAUAAACAGUCGGCCCAGGACAGCAGACGCCGCAAGAAAGAGUACAUUGACGGUCUGGAGAGCAGGGUUGCAGCGUGUUCAGCACAGAAUAAGGAACUCCAGAGAACAGUGGAGCACCUGGAGAAACACAACGUGUCUCUGUUAGCGCAGCUGAGGAAGUUACAGUCUCUGGUGAAACAGACGGCGAGUAAAGCGGCUCAGACCAGCACCUGCAUCAUGAUUUUGCUCUUCUCUUUAACGUUGAUUAUUUUCCCAAGUUUUCGUCCCUUUAGUCUGCGCUCUGCAGCCUCAGACGACACGUACACGCCCACUGGAGUGAUUUCCAGAAACAUCCUGAACGAUGAAGCAUCUCCGCUCGUGCCGUCUGAGAACGUGGCGGACGAUAAACACCUCCCCCCGGAGUUUCGGCCAGCGGCGGACGUGCAGCGAGCGGAGCGCUACGACACGGACGACUCACAGAGAGAAGACAGGAAACAGGAAGUGCUGCUGCAGGAGGAUGCGCUGAAAGGAAACGACUCUGCGACUGAGGGAAAUGGGGCGGAGUCAGUGGGCGUCGGCUUGCCGUCUCCUCCAGGGGGGGGCGCUGUGGUGGACGUCGACGCGGCUAAACCUGCUCACGCUGACGAAAUGUAGCAACGCAACGCGCUAGCUUUAUUCACGGACACUAACGGGCCACGUCCCAAAUCUAGCAGUACUCUACAGGUACACUACCUCCGGUCCUGCUACGUCCCAAAUCACACACUCCAAACACACUAGUGCUCCGUCGCUGCUCUAGCGCACUAGAAUGGUGGUUUAGGACGUAGCAGCUCAGACUGGUGUGACUCCAUUUUGAAUGUGGGCGGGGCUAUCUUUUACUACACUAUAUCAGUGCUGUAGUGCACAUCGUGGUGAUUUAGGACAGCCACUGGAGAGACAUGCUGCACACUUGCACAAGUGGGCUGUGUCCCAAAUCACCAGUUUGGUAUCGAGGUGAAUUUCUGCUGUAUGAGCUCGUCUGUUUCACACAUCUGUAUUUCUACAAUAAACAUCAUCAUGAUGUCAAA